CUUUAGAUGGCAGUAGAGCCCAUCUCCGUGUUGUUGUUGUUGUUGUUGUCACCAGCAGAAGAAGAGCAAGCUGGUUUGUACACGGAAGCUGGAACGAGACUUGUCAAACCUUUCAACCUGUCGAGCCGGAUUUGUCCACGCAGCUUGUUCCCUGUGCGCGAAGGGGAAACGGACUCAGUGGAUUUGAUGGUUUGUGUUUUCACCGGCGUGUAAGACACAAUGACGCCGGCUUUCCUGCUUCUCUCUGUAUUUCUGAGUUGCUGCUUGGUCACAGUAGGGGCUCCAACAGAAGGUGCUGGGGACUCAGUUUCAACCAUGAUACAGCCAAGCAAACCAGUUCAGGAAAAAAACCAUGAAAAUAUAACACUAGACUCUAGUAUAGAUGGGAAGAGUGGAAAAUUAAAUGAUACUAAUGGAGUGGACGAUCAACAUCAGAUAGCAGGAAAGAAUGUACAAAUAACGAAACCUAAUGAAAUGUCCAAGUCCAAGACCAAAAUACCAGAUGAUGAAGGAAGAUCCAAGAAAGAUCAGAUGGAAAUUGAUAUGGCAGGAAAAAAAAAACAAGAGCCGGAAGACUUUGGGCAAGAGCAAACAAAGAUACAAAGUCAGCAAGGUGAGCUCGUGGAAAACGACACAAUGACAAACAUUCAGAAUCAGGGGCAGGUGCCUGGUUUGCAGAAGGAUCAGCAAAAUUCCACUGAAAAAGAGAAAAAGAAAGACACAAAUGUGAAAACCAGUGAUCACAAGCCUAAAGACAUUCUGACAACCAGUGGAGAAAAGCUGACAAAAGGUCCUAAUACUGUUGCUAAGGAGCAAUUGCAAGUAACAAAGGACAUCCAGAAGGGAAAGCCAGAAGAACAUGCCAGUAAGAAAAAAUCAGAAGAGGCCAGUGAGAAAAAAACAGGAGAAGAGGACGGCAGUGAGAAAAAACCAGGAGAAGAUGCCAAAAAGGAAAAGCUGGGAGAGGAAGGCAGAAAUAGAGAAACAGGAGAGAAUAGUCACUAUAACUCAUCUGGAAUGAAGGAUGAGGCAGAAAGCAGUCAUUUCUUUGCCUACCUUGUUUCUACGGCUGUGCUGGUGGCAGUGCUUUACAUCACUUACCACAACAAGCGCAAGAUAAUUGCCUUUGUUUUGGAAGGAAAGCGAUCCAGAUCCGCACGUCGACCUAAAUCCUCAGAGUACCAGAAGCUGGAACAGCAUAUUUGAUCUCAAGUCAUUCUCGUGAAGCCAUUGCCUGGAGCAGCUGAAAACACUGGGUUGUGUGAGAAGAGGGCGAGUGGAUACUAGUGUUAGAUAUUUUCUUGGUUUACUCUGCAGUGAUUUCAAUUUGUGUUAAAUGAAACAUUGUUCUAUUUUGUACCUUUUAGAUGCUUAUUGCAUGACUAUGCAGACGACAUUGUUGCCUUAUUGAGGGAAUUAGUGAAAUGCAGUGAGUGCAAAAUAAGCAUGAUGUUUUUGCACUUGUGUCGUUAUUCCACUUUUUAGGCAAUCUUGUAAUUCGACCUGACUAAGGUCCUGACUCAGGAUAUUUCAGUAUCAGAUGAAAAUAUUAGCCGGUUGAAUUGCAGCCUUGUUUGUACAGUACAUUAUUGAUUGCACUGUGUACCUAAAUAAGCCAUCUGAAUCUUUGUAAAAUACUGGCUGUGUACAAUUUAUGUUUUAAAUGUCUAUUAGUUGAAUGGAAUCAAGAUUUCCAUUAAGAUGUGCAAAAGUAUCUCAGCGGGAUAUCUGCUUACAACCAUAUGGUGUUGGCCAGAUGAAUGUAAUAUCAAACU